UCCGGAAGCGGAACAGAAGGAAGCCCGGAAGUUUUGAUUGCUUGAUCCAAAACCGGGGAAGGGAUUUCUGGAGCGUUAGCUCGAUUUCAAGCCCCGCCGGUUUCCAUGGAUUUGACAAGCCCCCCACUACCUCUAAGAGACAAUGGUUUUGAGAUGGUAACCCCUGAUCCUCUGAGGCCAGAGGAGGAGAACAUGCAAAGACUUAAGGAAGAACUGAAGGCAUGGAAGGAAAGAGUUGUGGAAGCUGAAAACCUAAAAGCUGACCUUCUUUUCUCCAAUGCAUGUGCUGAGGAAGAGUGUGCUAAUGCACAGGAGGAGCUGAUGAAGCUGAAAGGCUUGCAGGGGAAUGAUCAGAAGGACAGUAUUGUAUACAGGGACACCCUUGAGGACCAACUCCAUCAGCUGUACAGAGAAAACACUGAGCUGAAGAAAGACAUUGAAAAGCUCAACAAAGAACUUGAAGAACUAAGUUCAGUGCAGGCACAGAGUACUCAGGUUCAAAAAAAGGUGGCAGAAAUGAAAUUGAAGUUCAGCCACAUGGAAGGCAUGAGGAAUUGUUCAGAUAUGGACACUCACUGUGUUUUUGGUGCAAAUGUGAAGAUCCCCUUCAGGCUGAACCAGAACCAGGCACUGCUGACUUUUGAAGAUGAAGAAGUUGCCCAGAGACUGAUAAAAAAGGGGAGGCACACGGUGAACCUGGACAACAACAAAGUAGAUGUGAGAGUGCUGCCUGUUCCACUUGACAUGGUAGUCAAAUUUGAGCUCCACGUCACUGUUUCUGGAAGGAAGAUCAACGUUUCAAACAUACCUGAGCUGCCCAUUCCUGAAGAUUGGAUGAGAGACAAAUUAGAGCUGAAUUUCUACAAAACUCAAAAGGGAGGAGAAGGAGAAAUAGAAAAUGUGACCUAUGACAGUGAGUCCAGAAGAGCUGUGAUUACAUUCCUCAGACCUGGAGCCAGCAACAGCUUUUGGGGAUCUCCUAAAUACCCUUUCUUUGCAAAUGGAAGGUGCUACACACUUUUUGUUUCCUCACAUGCCGACCUACGCUUGAAAAACUGUCAGCCAUACUGUGGGGUUUCUAAGAAGACCAUUCUCCUGAAAGGAAUCCAAGAGGUGGAAGAGGAUGAGGAAAGUAUCCAGGACAUGAUCGAAAUCCACUUCCAAAAGCCGAGUAACGGCGGUGGGGAAAUAGAGAACAUCAAAUAUGUCUCAAAGGGAGCAGCAUAUGUUUGCUUUGAGGAGGAUACUGGGAAUGCCAUCUAGGAACUCACAGUGAGCUCCUCAAAUUCCAGGAACUGUGCUUUUAUGUUUGAAAUUCAUCCUUGUGAAAGAGGAAUUGCUGCCUUUGUGCAAUGGCACAGGCUCUGCAUGGAAAUGCAGCAAAACUCACUGCUUGGGCUUCCAGAUGAAAGGCAUAGAGAAAGCCUUUAUCACACUUGAAACAUCAUCUGAGAUUUACUGCAAAUCUGCAAAUUUUGUAUCUUGUAAAUUUUAUAUAGUUCACAUACUCCAAAGUGGGAUAAAUAUCUUAUUUCUGACAUUUUGGAUCCAAAAGCCCUGCGUAAUCCCAAUCCAAACCCUGGAACAGACCUGCUUUGUUGAAGUGCCAGAUCUUCAGAAGGUGGCUCUGACAAAACUCCAGUCCUGCUGAGGCUGCUGGGGGCCACCAGAACGCAAAUACCUGAAAGAAAUCCUGUAAUUUCAUCAAGUCCAAUUUAUCCAAUUACUAAUGCAAUUAAAAUAGAAAAAAAGGGAAAAGGGCAGUGCAGAAACAUCAGUUCCACUCAGGGAAUUGCACUUAAAAAGGAAUGCCCUGGCAGCAAUGCUGCCUUUAGCUGCUGAGCUUCUACUAAUUCACAGCCUGCUUUAUUGUUUGGGUUAAAUAUUUGUUUCUACAAUUAAAUUUUUCCUCAUUUUUGUCCAUGUUUUUUUCUUACUUCAAACUAUUACAGCCCAGGAUCGAGCUGAUGCUUUAUCUAAACCAGGCUGGUUUUGUAACAACCCUGGGGAAACAGCCUGAGGAAUCUGGUGGCUCCCAGGCUCUGGGAGGGAGUGGAGAGAGGGAACAGGGAAAUGCAGAGUCAGAGGAGGAUUUGUUUUCCAAGGAAAAAUGCUUUUCCUUUUCUGCUGUCAUCCUUGGAAAACAAAUCCUCCUCUCACUUUGCACUUCCUUAUCUUUUGCUGAAAUGCUUUGGCCACAACAACCUUAAUUUCAAAGUAACUUGAGUCUGACACUGAAAAUAACUUAUUUUCAGAGUGUUUGACAUGUUGGUGCAGGAAAUGGACAAUGCACCAAGCUCUCAAAAAAUACCUCAGGGAUUAUUAUUCCAGAGAAAUUUAGCUGCCAAGAGACUGAGUAGAACAAGGGAAACUAAAAGCCUGCAAGCAGCAGUUUAUUUUGAAUUUACUAUUGAGUGAGAUACAUGUGACUGUAGCACCUCUUGGUGUUUAGUGCAUGCAAAAGCAUGGAUUGAUUACCUGACCAUUGGGAAGUAAUAAUAAGAAUAAUUAAAAA